UCAACGGAGUAAGCGUCAGUCCAGCGCUUCCUCCAGUUCACAGUCACCGACCCCUGGCUCGGCUCAACGUCGUGGUGGGAGUUCGGGAGGCCUGCUCAGUAGGCUCGGGUAUUACCUCACUGGUGGGGCCAACAGCCACCACCUAGCGGCAGAGGCAACCGCGAGUCGGCCCGCGAAGAUGCUAACUCGAUCGGGAGCGGGCUCAUUGGGUUUCCCAUCGGACUCCGAAGUGAGUGGAAAAUUGCCGUCCAGUGGCAGCAAUCCAGCGAGAAUAUCCAAGCUGCGCCACGCUGCCAUGAGGGAGCAGGUGGACUUGGAUGAGCUCAAUAGGUUACUCUGGUCUGGCUGCCCGUUUGAUUCCGAUUUCGAUGUACGCGUGAGAGCAUGGGAGCUGGCACUGGGCUACGUACCGCCUAGGAAGGAACGGCAGAAUAGUGCAGUGGAACGGAAAAGACGGGAAUAUCGGGCCUUAACGCGAGAGUUUGCUGAUGUCUUCGCCUUGUCAACGGAUGAUUUGCAGCCGGUUUCGGCCACCUCAGCACAGCAACAACAAUACGCAUCGCUCCGGCAAAUACGGGUCGACAUACCUCGAACGUUUUCUGAGCUUAACAUUUUCGCAUCGGAGAGGAUCCAGAGAAUGAUGGAGCGAAUAUUGUAUACCUGGGCUGUCCGUAACCCUGCCUCUGGCUAUGUUCAAGGAAUCAACGACCUUCUCACGCCGUUCAUCGUGAUUCUCCUCCAAGCGAAGUUGGACCUGCCGAUAAAAGAUAUCGAUGUUGAUGACGAGAACAGGCUUGACGAUGUACAGCUCAUGGAAGUGGAAGCUGAUGCAUACUGGAUGCUCUCACGAGUUCUGUCGGACAUACAGGAUCAUUACACAUUCGGCCAGCCAGGUAUACAGCGUCUCAUCCUAAUGUUGAAGGACAUUGUGAAGCGUGUAGAUGAUAAGUUGGCCGACCAUUUAGAGGAUGAGAUGAUCGAUUAUCUCCAGAUAGCAUUUCGUUGGUUCAACUGCCUCAUGCUAAGGGAGCUGCCUCUGCAAUGUACAUUGAGACUAUGGGACACAUGUAUAGCCGAGAACGAUGGCUUCUCGACUUACAUGGUCUACAUUUGCGCAGCUUUUCUGGUUCACUGGGGUCCUCAUCUAGAGGGAAUGGACUUCUCUGGAAUCAUGCUUUUCUUCCAAAAAGCGCCUACUUCACAGUGGACGGAAGCAGAUAUCGAGACGCUCUUGGCCGAGGCAUUCGUCCUCAAGUCGCUUUUCGAUAAUGCCCCGAGUCAUUUGCGGAAUCAGGACUUCGUGGGGAAUGGCACAUGAGAGCAUCGGCGCUCUGC